CUGAGCUGUCGGAUACAUACUGUUAAAAACCUGUGUAUUAAGGUUUUUAUCUGUGGAAGCCACCGGGAGAAGGGCUUCCCAUUUCCAAACCUGACAUGAUCUCCCAGCUGGAACAAGGGGAAGAGCCGUGGGUCCUGGAUCUCCAGGGCUCUGAGGAAGGAGAGAUCCAAAGAGCUGCCUGCGCAGGUGCUGGGAUGGUGAGUGAGAACGAGGAUCUGAGUCCUCAGCAGGAAGAUGCUGAGCAAAUGGAAGCGCAUGGGGCAUUAUCACAAGGAUCCCAAGGGAAUGUGUCCAGGCUUCAUGUGCAGGGAAAAGCCUGUGAGAGUCAGCACAGGCCAGAGAGGGAGCAGGGAAACCAGCCCUUGGAGAAAGUGGGCAAAUCCAUUAAUUGUCAGGGGACUCACCAGAACGCCAAGGAAAUCACAGCCCAGCAGAGAAUACCCACAGAAGAGAGAAAAAACACAUGCACUGAGUGUGGGAAACACUUCACUCUGAACUCCACCCUCAUUAGACAUCAGCAGAUCCACACAGAAGAGCGCCCCUACAAAUGCUGUGAGUGCGGGAAACAGUUCAGUGAGAAAUCAAACCUUAUCACACAUCAGACAAGCCACACAAGAGAGAGACCCUAUGAGUGCUACGAGUGCGGGAAGAAGUUCACGCGGAGCUCUACCCUUAUUAGACAUCAAAGAAUCCAUACAGGAGACAGACCCUAUGAGUGCUGUGAGUGCGGGAAAAGCUUCACGCGGAGCUCUACCCUUGCUAGACAUCAGAGGAUCCACACAGGAGACAGACCCUAUGAAUGCUGUGAGUGCGGGAAGAAGUUCACUCAGAGCUCAGUCCUUAUCAUUCAUCAGAGAAUGCACACAGGAGAGCGUCCCUAUACCUGCUCUGAGUGUGGACAAACAUUCGCUCAGAGCUCAGCCCUGUUUAAACAUGAGAAGAUCCACACGGGAGAGCGCCCUUACGAAUGCUCUGAGUGUGGGAAACAAUUCAUUGAGAAAUCAAAAUUUAUGAAACAUCAGACAAGCCACACGGGAGAGAGACCCUAUGAAUGUUGUGAGUGCGGGAAACAGUUCAGUGAGAAAUCAAACCUUACUAAACAUCAGACCAGCCACACAGACGAGAGACCUUACGAGUGCUGUGAGUGCGGGAAAAGCUUCACUCGGAGCUCAUCCCUUAUUCGACAUCAGAGGAUCCACACAGGAGAGAGACCGUAUAAGUGCUGUGAGUGCGGGAAAAGCUUUGCUUUCAAAUCAGACGUUAAUAAACAUCAGAGGGUCCACACGGGAGAGCGCCCCUAUGAGUGCUAUGAGUGCGGGAGACAGUUCAGUCAGAAAUCCAACCUUAGUGCACAUCAGAGAGGCCACACGCAGCAGAGUCCCUAUGAGUGCUGUGAGUAUGGGAAAAAGUUCACUCAGCGCUCAGGCCUUAGUAAUCAUCAGAGAAUCCAUAGAGGAGAGGGCCCCUAUACCUGCCCUGAGUGGGGGAAACAGUUCAGUGAGAAAUCAAACGUUAUUAAACAUCAGACAGGCCACACAGGAGGGAGACCGUAUGAGUGCUGUGAGUGCGGGAAAAAGUUCACUCAGCGCUCAGGCCUUAAUAAUCACCAGAGAAUCCACACAGGAGAGCGACCCUACGCGUGCUGUGAGUGUGGGAAAACGUUCACUCAGAGCUCAGGCCUUAUUAAACAUCGGAGGAUCCACACAGGAGAGAAACCCUACGAGUGCUGUGAGUGCGGGAAAAGCUUCGCUGAGAGCUCAUCUCUUAUUAGACAUCAGGGGAUCCACACGGGAGAGAGAGAGCCCCCACGAGAGCAUCUGGCUCCUCUGAGAAAAGAGAGAGAAGCAGCCAAAGCCGAGGAGCAGCAGCAAAGCGAGGAGCUGCUGAAACAGACGGAAGCCGAGAGGCAGAAGAUCGUCUGGGAGUGGCAGGAGCUGCGAGGGUUUCUGGAGGAGCAGGAGCAGCGGUUGCUGUCCCGGCUGGAGGAGCUGGAGAGAGCCAUUGUCCGGAGAAGGGAUGAGGGCAUCUGCAGCCUGUCCCAGGAGCUUUCCUUGCUCAGUGAGAGGGGAGGAGAGAAGGGGCAGCAGCCGCUGAGCCAACCCCUGCAGGGUGCCGGGAGCACUGAGAGCAGGGCGGACGGGAUGUUUCAGAAGCCAGAUCCAGGGUUUGCAGAGCUAGAGAAGAGACUCAGCCAUUUCUCUCUGAAAAGCGCCAUGCUGCAGCAGAUGCUGUUGGAAUUCAAAGAGAUGCUGCGACUGGAGCUGGGGAGUGACGCAGCCAGAGAGACUGAAACUCCUUCAGUGGUUAGCAGAGUUGAGGAUGAAGCACAAAGAUUGAAUCCAAAAUGA